AUGAAAGCAGCCUUUGCUACAGUCCUGAAUCAGUCAGUCUUGCCGGUGUGCUCCACUCUGACUGAAGAUGCUUGGGGCUGGCAGGAUGAGGCUGGGGACCUUUGGGAUCUUGCUAGUGCUUCUCCACACGUCAGCAGCCUGUGAGUUUGGGUCCUCCCCUUACAGUGUGACAGGGAUCGUCUGCAGGAUGACCAAGCCUGCGGCAUUGCUGUUGAACCAGGAAACUGCACAGGUCAUCCAAGCAGCGUUCAGAAAUGCCAAAUUCCCAAAUAUCACUGGGGAAAGGUCCAUGCGGCUCCUUGGCAAGGUGGUCUAUGGGCUGACCAACAUCCAGGUCAAUGACUUGUCCAUAGAGCAGAGUGAGGUGGAGCUGAAGGAGGAUGAUGCCAUUCACAUUGCCAUUAAAAACGUGACAGCUGUCUUCAAAGGGACCCUGACCUAUGGCUACGCUGGGGUCUGGCUUUUGCAGCUUUUUCAUUCAGUUGAUUUUGAAAUCAAGUCUUCAAUAAACCUCCAGACAAACAUUAAACUGAUGUGCCAGAAGGACCAAGUGGCUGCUGAUGCCUCGGACUGCUACUUGACUUUCCACAAACUGACACUCCACCUUGAAGGAGACAAGGAGCCGGGCUGGCUGAAGCAGCUCUUCACGGAUUUCAUCUCCUUCACACUGAAGAUUGUUUUCAAGAGUGAGGUGUGCAAUGAAAUAAAUUUUCUUGCUCAGAUGCUGGCAGAUUUUGUACAGGACUUAGCAGCAAAUUUUGUCCAGGAUGAGGAUAUCAAAAUCGAUAUCUCCCUUGCGUCAGUUCCUUUAAUAAAAGCAAACUACCUAGAAUCACAUCACAAGGGCCUUGUCAUGUACAAGAACUACUCUGAUGUCUUCAGUGACUCCAUUUUCUCCCCACCACUGCUGACUGAGUCCCGAAUGCUCUACUUCUGGCUGUCUGAACAUAUCUUCAACUCUCUGGCUUCAGCAGCAUUCUUAGAUAAGCGCCUGGUGUUGACCAUCAAAGGCGAGAAGUUGCAGGCACUCUUUGAAAUGGAAGGCACGGAAGCACAGCGGAAGGCAGCACAGAUGAUUUUUCAAGGCACCUCCUACAAUGACUCUGUGGCCAAGGUGUGGAGUCUUUCCCAUCCCCAAAUCUCUCUUCAGCCUGAAGGGACAGUCGUGAAGUCUUUGGUAGCAGCAGAGGUCAGCAUCUUUCCUGCAGGAGAAGAGCCUCAGACAGUUCUGUACAUGGAGAAGGAAAUCACAGUCAUCAUCCAAGCUGCCUAUGCAGAAAAGAAACUCAUUCUGCACUCUCAGGAAUCCAGGAUAGAGUUUAAAGUUUUCAACUGCACAGCUGAUGCAAGUGGGAAUGACCCGUCCAUAAGAAACUUUCUGAAGACAAUGAUCUCACUUGUCGGGAUCCCAGAAGUGAUUUCAAGGAUUGAACAAGCUUUGACUUCACUGAUGAACAACAAAGGGCUUAAUCUAUUUGAGAUCCAUAAUCCUGAGAUCAUCACAAGAAAGGGAUAUGUAAUUGUACAACUUGACUUCAGCUUUCCAAAUCAUUUGCUUCUUGAUUUUCUUGAGAAGAAAAUAUAG